CUUCAUCAAUUACAACUAGCAUUACUUCAAAGAGUUCAACAACACAACAAUCUUACAAAUAUUUUCUCUUUGUUUCUCCUUCUUUCUUUCCAAUCUAAAUCUUUGUCACAGAAAUAAUGAUGAACACCAAGAAGCUAAUCAAGAUGGCCAAGAAAUGGCAACAGAGAGCAGCCCUCCACAGGAAAAGGAUCUCAUUUCAAAGAUCAAGUACUGCUACUAGCUCAACCACUGCAGAGAAGGGCUGUUUUGUGGUUUACACAUCCGAUAAAACCCGCUUUGUGUUUCCAAUAAGUUACCUGAGAAACUCUGUUUUACAAGAGCUCUUGAAGAUAUCUGAAGAAGAGUUUGGCCUCUCCACGGAAGGACCAAUCACGUUGCCAUUCGAUUCUGUUUUCUUAAGAGUAUUUAAUCAAAUUGAUCGAAAGACGAAUGGAUGGAGAUACAGAAAAGGCUUUGUUAAUGUCAAUCUCUAGUGCUAAGUGUUCUUUACAAUGUUCUUUGCAACAACAAGAACAGAGUGCUCAACAACUGCUUGUAUUUUAGAGUUUCUUCUGAGAAGAUAGAUUUUGUAAAGAUUCAGAUAUUUUUAUACAAACAUUACUACUAUUCUCUGAGGGAAAAAAAAACUAAUUUCAGUUU